GCGGUCGCGCAAGAGGAUUCCCUCUGCGGCGGCUUUCCAGAAGGACUCCCUGUUGCAGUGUCUUCCAUGGAACAGGAGGAGCAGGAGAAGGAGAAAAAGAAAGUGGUCGAAGAUCAGGAGGAGGAGGAGGAAGAGGAGGGCGAGGAUGAGGAGCGUCUAUCACAGCUCUACUUCAAAUAUCACAACAACUCUGGCUGCAAUUCCAGCAGAGCUCCCGUUACAGCCCCAGCGACACCUCCCACGACAACUCCCACGGUAGCUCCUUGGCCACAUUCAAGUGCAGAUCCUACUGGAGUAACUCCUAUAACUGCUCCUUCUACAGAUACUACUACAGUUCGUUCACCAGUUCCUGCUACAGUCAGGAAUGCAAUUCGCACGUGA